UCUGCUAUAACAGUCACUGUUCGAAGAGAGGUCCUCGUACCGCUCGUAUCUAACGUACGCCUCUCCUGCCACUAACACCGUUCUCAUAAGCUUUUCUUAUGUUUGUUGUUCGUUCGGAAGAGAAGCAAAAGAGUUAUGCGAGAUGGGGAGAGUAAGUUCAAAUCUGUUACAACAGAUCUAAAAAGUUUGAAUGCCAUAGCUGAUAGCUCCCCCCACUUCUAGUGGUUGUGCAUAUCCGUAAGGUGGCUGCUGUGACGCUCCUGUGAUUUAGCCAACCCGUCUGCAUAGCAUUGGAAUUCCUCCGAACACUUUCCCGCUGUAAUUGCUCUGUGAGUUUCAAAUCAUCAAAUGUAAAUGGAAGAGGCGCCAUCAAUAGAAUGAGUAGCAGAUACCCAUUAACGCUCCUGUCAAGAUUUUCCCAGAGAUGUGGUAGCAUUACUAUUGGAAAACUAACAUCCAAUUUCUCCACCUUAUUCUCUUCUCUUCUCCUUUCAGAAAACGGGAUUCACUCAAUCUAUGAGUCACGUGCGAAAAGGCGCGAGCUUGCUCAACUCUUGCAAUCUUUUGGUCCUAACGAGCCCCAUCUCUACCACAAGAAUGUUCAUGCACAGAUUAUAGUUCUUGGCUUCCACUCCGAUAUUUUUCUAACCAAUCUUCUCCUAAAGUCUUAUUCGAAGUCUAGUUGUCUUCGGAGUGCACGUUUAUUGUUUGAUGCGAUGCCUCAAAGAAACUUAAUUACAUGGUCUUCGCUGAUUUCUAUGUACACUCAACAUUUUCGGGGUGAGGAUGCUUUGACGCUGUUUUUGGAAUUUCAAAAAUAUUCUUUAGAGAACCCGAAUGAGUUCAUUUUAGCUAGUGUUGUCUGUGCGUGCACGCAAUUAAGAGCAGUUGCUCAAGCUACCCAAGUACAUGGUUUUGCCAUCAGAUCGGGGUUUGAUCAGGAUGUUUAUGUGGGUACCUCCUUAAUUGAUUUCUAUUCAAAGAAUGGGGACAUGCAAGAUGCGAGAUUAGUUUUUGAUGGUUUACCAAUAAAGACUGCAGUCACUUGGACUGCAAUUAUUACAGGGUAUUCUCAGAGUGGAAAGAGUGAGAUUUCUCUUCAAUUGUUUGACCAGAUGAGAAAAACUGAUGUUCUUCCUGAUAGAUAUGUUCUCUCAAGCGUAAUAAAUGCUUGCUCAUUGUUGGGUUUUCUUGGAGGAGGCAAGCAGAUACAUGCUUAUGUGUUAAGGAAUGGAAUACAAACAGAUACUUCGGUGAUGAACACACUAAUAGAUUUCUAUUUGAAGUGUCAUAUGGUGAAAAACGGAAAGAAACUAUUUGACCUGAUGAUUGUUAAGAAUGUUGUCACGUGGACGACCAUGACUGCUGGUUACAUGAAGAAUUCAUGUGAUUUGGAUGCUAUGAAGUUGUUUUCAGAAAUGACACACUUAGGGUUGAAACCGGAUAGUUAUGCCUGUACUAGCAUUCUCACUUCCUGUGGUUCACUUGAGGCUUUGUCACAGGGGAAACAAGUGCAUUCAUAUACUGUCAAAACCAACCUUGACUUUGAUGAGUUUGUUUCAAACAGUUUGAUUGACAUGUAUGCAAAAUGCAAUUCUUUGGCUGAUGCAAGAAAAGCCUUUGAUGAUAUGGAUGAGCACAAUGUGAUCUCUUACAAUGCAAUGAUUGAAGGGUAUGCAAGACAGGAAAGAUUAUAUGAAGCACUGGAUCUUUUUCAGGGGAUGAGACUUAGAUCAGUUAAUCCAAGCCUCUUGACUUGUGUUAGUCUUUUUGGGUUGUCAGCCUCAUUAUCCAUCAUUGACUUGAGCAAACAAAUCCAUGGUCUCAUUGUAAAAGUUGGAUUUUCCUUGGACCUUUAUGCUGGUAGUGCUCUUGUGGAUGUUUAUUCAAAGUGCUUGUGUAUUAAGGAUGCAAGACUCGUGUUUGAGGAGAUGAAUGAAAGAGAUACUGUAGUAUGGAAUGCCAUGGUUUUAGGGUAUACUCAGAAUGGACAAGGAGAGGAAGCCCUCAAACUUUUCUUAGAAAUGCAGUUUUCAAGAAUAAAACCUGAUGAAUUUACCUUUGUUGGCCUUGUUACAGCUGCUAGUGACUUGGCAAGUUUAAUACAUGGCCAACAGUUCCAUGACCACCUUAUAAAGACUGGUCUAGAUAUGGAUCCAUAUGUCUGCAAUGCUCUUGUUGAUAUGUAUGCAAAGUGUGGAAGCAUUGAAGAGGCUCGUACAACAUUUGAUGGUUCAUAUCAAAAAGAUGUUGCAUGUUGGAAUUCUAUGAUCUCAAGAUAUGCAGAGCAUGGGCAUGCUGAAGAAGCUCUUCGGAUGUUUGAGUGUAUGGAAGAUGAAGGAAUAGAACCCAACUAUGUCACAUUUGUUGGUGUGCUUUCAGCCUGUAGUCAUGUAGGGCUUGUUGAAACAGGGCUCCUUCACUUUGACUCAAUGACAUCAAAGUUCGGAAUAAAACCUGGGACAGAGCACUACGCAUGUGUGGUUUCUCUUUUGGGCAGAGCAGGAAAACUGUGUGAGGCCAAGGAGUUCAUUGAUCAGAUGCCAAUUAAACCAGCAGCAAUUGUAUGGCGUAGCUUGCUCAGUGCCUGUAAAAUAGCUUGCAAUGUUGAAAUGGGUAAAUAUGCUGCAGAGAUGGCAAUAUCAAGUGAUCCAAAUGAAAGUGGAUCCUAUGUUCUACUUUCUAAUAUUUUUGCAUCUAGAAGUAUGUGGGAUGAUGUGGAGAAGGUGAGGAAGAGGAUGGACUGCAAAGGGGUGGUGAAGGAACCAGGCCAUAGUUGGAUCCAAAUAAAUAGUAAGGUUCAUGUGUUUAUUGCAAGAGAUAAAGCUCAUAGCCAAGCUGGUUUGAUUUAUUCAAUACUGGGCAGGUUGACCAAACAAAUCAAAGAGGUUGGCUAUAUUCCUGAUACCUCUACAAUUUUGAUGGAUGAUUAAGGAAAGUGAUUUCCAUGGUCCAACAGAAAAGCUGAAAAUUUUGAUUAUUUGAUUGUUAUUCAAGACAAAGACAAGAGCAUCAAGUUGGUUGGACUGAAUUUGCUGCACAGCCUCAAGUCCAAGAGAAACCUCAACUGAAAUUUUGAUUGGUAAUUAAGAUGAAACCAUCUCAGUUGAUUCAAGUGAACAUUUGUGGGAUUCAUGUUCUGACAGCCUAAUCCGGUGCAAUUACAACUGUCUUUUCUGAAAGAAGGCAAGGAUACAACUUAAUUCUUGCUUGUGGUGGUUGAUGUAUAAGAGCCUUGGGACUGAACAGUCUCUCAUAAAUAAUGCAAAAUAUAGAAAAUUUAUAGCUGACAUAUCUAGCAAUGCCAGCCACAGAACAAAGUAAAAACAUCACCAAUUAUUUCCCUUUGAAGAGUUAGUCUGCCAUUAGAGGAGAGGACCAAGAGAUCAUAAAAUAUUUUAUGAUUUACUUAUCAUCAUCA